GCCAGACUGGCGCCGCUAAGCUAACGAUGCAGACACGAACUACUUCUACCUGCUUCUUUCACUGCAGCACGAACAGUUCCGUGUGUCUCUAAACUUAGCUGCACAAGAGACACAUCCGGAUCAGAAGCAGGUUGCUGAUUUUGCCACUUCUCCCUCUGAUGAUGAGACGUCUGUGAUCUACCUGCCGUGCAGCUGAACAGUGUUUCUUCCUGAUGAUGUGAAACUGAGCCAACAACACACAAACUCUCAGAAAGACUAUCCAGGGAAACACAAACCAAGAUGUCUAUCGCCAACACUCCCACCAGCAACGAUGCCUGCCUGAGCAUCGUGCACAGCCUUAUGUGUCACCGGCAGGGCGGCGAGAGCGAGACGUUCGCCAAGCGGGCCAUCGAGAGCCUGGUGAAAAAGCUGAAGGAGAAAAAAGACGAGCUGGACUCUCUCAUCACGGCCAUCACCACCAACGGGGCCCACCCCAGCAAGUGUGUGACCAUCCAGAGGACGCUGGACGGACGGCUGCAGGUGGCGGGACGUAAAGGGUUUCCUCACGUCAUCUAUGCGCGGCUGUGGCGAUGGCCCGACCUGCAUAAGAAUGAACUGAAGCACGUCAAAUACUGCCAGUUUGCCUUUGACCUCAAGUGUGACAGCGUGUGCGUGAACCCCUAUCACUAUGAGAGAGUGGUGUCUCCGAGCAUAGACUUAUCAGGACUGACCCUGAACAAUUCUGGAUCCAGCUCAGGAAUGAUAGUCAAGGAUGAGUACGAUUUUGACGGACAGCCGAGUUUGCCCUCCCUCGACGGGGGGCACUCCUUCCAGACCAUCCAGCACCCCCCAUCCGGCAGCCGUCCGGUCCCCUCUGAGGCGUUUGCCACCCCAAACCUGCUCCCGCCUGAUGAGGCCUCCACGUCGGCCUCGUCAUCGUCCUUCCCCGCCAUCGCUGCUGGAUCAGGCGGUGCCAGCUCCACCUGGUCCAGGGGCAGUAGUUUCACCCCCAACAUGCCGCACCACACCAACGGUCAUCUACAGCACCACCCUCCUAUGCCACAUCCAACACACUAUUGGCCGGUGCACAAUGAGCUGGCCUUUCAGCCUCCUAUAUCCAAUCAUCCAGCUCCUGACUACUGGUGUUCCAUAGCCUAUUUUGAGAUGGACGUUCAGGUGGGGGAGACGUUUAAAGUUCCCUCUUCAUGCCCCAUCGUGACAGUGGACGGUUACGUGGACCCGUCGGGAGGAGACCGGUUCUGUUUGGGUCAGCUCAGCAACGUACAUCGCACUGAGGCCAUCGAAAGAGCCAGGCUUCACAUCGGUAAAGGGGUCCAGCUGGAGUGUAAAGGCGAGGGAGACGUGUGGGUGCGAUGCCUCAGUGACCACGCUGUGUUUGUCCAGAGUUACUACCUGGACAGGGAAGCGGGCCGGGCCCCCGGAGACGCUGUUCACAAAAUCUACCCCAGCGCAUACAUCAAGGUGUUUGACCUUCGACAGUGCCACAGACAGAUGCAGCAGCAGGCGGCCACAGCUCAAGCAGCAGCUGCAGCUCAGGCAGCAGCUGUGGCUGGAAAUAUACCUGGACCUGGAUCAGUAGGAGGCAUCGCUCCAGCUAUUAGUUUGUCAGCGGCGGCCGGUAUAGGGGUCGACGACCUGCGGAGGCUCUGCAUCCUGAGGAUGAGUUUUGUGAAGGGCUGGGGGCCAGACUACCCCCGCCAGAGCAUCAAGGAGACCCCAUGCUGGAUCGAGAUCCACCUGCACAGAGCUCUCCAGCUACUGGACGAGGUUCUGCACACGAUGCCUAUAGCAGACCCUCAACCUCUGGACUAAACUGUUUCUAACUGCAGCAGCAUUGUACUGAACCAGUGUAAGAGCCGUGAAGCUGUGACACUGAAACUGUCCCACAUGAGAAAAACCUUCUGAAGUGUGUUUGGUGUGACUGGAUUUACUUUUCCUCUCAAAGCCAUAUAUGAAAGAUAUGUUCACCUAUAUUUCUGAUAGAUGGCUUUGAGUUGUGAUUGUGAGAGUGGAUAAGAUAGAACAAGUAGCUGCAAUCCUAGAGAACCACAACAUGCACAUAGAAGACCUGCAGGUCCCAUUAAAACUGGAAUGUUACACUGACUAAUCAUCGUCCCAGUUGUCAGAACCAUCAACGACUGACCGGUAUUGGAGUCGAUGAACAACAGGAACAUGUGAGCGCUGUGCGGCUGUGGGAUGAGACGCCGCACACAGAGGCUCUCGUAUCUAGUGUCUGCUGCUGCCUCUCUGCCUAUCACCUCUCUGCAGCUGUUCCACACUGAUCUACACCUGGGAGGACGAGCGAGUUCAGUCAUGUCGUCAGCCUGAACAGAAAAUCACUCGCGCUCUGAGCGGCAGGGAUCUCUGCUGGAUGUCUCGCUGAUCGCUGCCUCUCCUCCCCGGGGACCAGCCGGCUGGAUCAGGUCGUUCACAGACGUCCACUAACGUUUCAGAGCGUGCAGCAUGGCUGAAGUGAAGUGAAACAGGUCAAGACCAGGGGCUUCUCUGCGUCAGGUGUUGCCAAUUUACAGGGUUGGGUUUUAAAAGAUGGUUUCAUUUCUGUGCCUGGUGGGUGUCCAUUGACAAAUCCUUCCCUCUAAUUAGACAAGAUGUAGAUUAAAACAUCAAAGUGUCAGGAAAUCCUUCUCUUCACAUCACACAGCAAACACAGUGAUUGUUUUUUUUGUCAGUUUUUUUGGGUGGGGGGGUUGUAACAUGACCUACAGAGUUAAAUUACCAAUUGGAAAUGCAGUGUCUUGAAUUACUUAGUGAUCAUUUCUUUCUAGGGAAAAGAGUGAUGACAAGAGGCCUAUAGAAGCAGUUUCCACCUCCUGUUUCAGGUGCAGUUACUGUUUUGAAAAACACUGUCAUGCUGUCACAAAAGAAAGAUCUCAUGUCUCUCAGUGAAUUCCUUCUUGCCUUCUCUCACUUUCCUGCUGAGAGCAGAAAAGGAAAAGGCUGAGAUUCUUCUGGCUCAAUAAGAUUGAAGUAAGGAGGACAGACAUUUGAUCUCUAAUAGCUGAGAUUCUGGUUGCAUCCACAUUACUAUGGUUAAAAAGCUUCAACUCUGCUACCAGGCGUCAACACUAUGGAGUGCUCGAGCUGCUAAAACAGAAGUUCAGAAAUGUUUUAGUUUGAAAACUUUGGUUUCAGUCUGGUCAGGGAGAACAGAGAUGUUUGGAAAGUUGACAGUCGCUUGUCGAUCGGGUCUUUUCGCUCACGACGUAGCCUGCGCUGUAGUAGUGUGGAUGAAGCCUAAUCACAGUACAAGAAACUUGGUUUAUCAAUUGUCUCGUAUAGGUUUUCUCUAAUUUUGAUUAUUUUUUAACUUGUAUUUGUUUAGAUUUUAUCCAGUUUUAUCUUCAGGCACACCUGACAGCCUGUACACAUGAGUUUUGAAUCAGUGCAGCCCACGGUCUUGAUUCAGGUCUCUUGUUUUAGUUGGUUUACAGUGAUGUAUUGCAGAUUUCCCAGCAAUUUUGAUAUAUUUUCUUGGUUUUUAUUUUUGUUUUAUUAAUUGCAUUAUAUUUUUGUAGCACUUUACUUUGAUUUGAAUGAAAUAACCUUUAUUUUGCGACAUGAAUAAUAAGGGAGGGAAUAGGUUGGCAUAUAGUUGACAUAGGAUUGUGAGCAGCGACAACAUUGUGAUGCAAUCGUAUAAAAAUAAUCAGUUUUCACUCUCUAGACAUUUACACUAAUCUUUAGGGAUUCUUUGAGUUGUCAUUUUUCUGAUUGAUUUGCAGUUUUUUUUUCUGUUUAAUCCAUGUAAAUAACUUUGUUUUUGAAAUGCACGUCGAUGUUUGCAUGAACUUUUAAUCGCAAAUAGAUCUUUUUAUCCCCACUCCUGUAUUCGACAUGGGGUGCUUCACUCUGCCUGCAUUAGAUGAGGAAACAGGACGAGGAGAACAUAAACACAGAGGGAAGCUACAUGGCCACAAUUAAUGUAAAUGAUUGAAUUUGAUUAUAAAAUCUCAACUUUUUAGCAGCAGCGCUCUCUCAGAAAAUUUCUCCCAAGAUCAAAUUUUGUAAAAAUGAAGCAGCUCCUUCAGUAAAAUGAGUACAAGCAUAUUGUCUCUUUCUGUGCUGAUGUUGAAACGGGUGAUGGUUGUUUGACACAAGAUUUGAUUUUGAUUUCAGCACGAGUGCCCUGCGCGGCAUGUGAUUCCCUUUGUUACACUGCUUUUGAUUCUCCUCUUGUUGAGACUCAAACAUCAUGCUCCAUAUUUUUUACUCCAAACCUUCACAGAUGUUUUAUUUUUUUUACUACACUGUUUUUGUUGGUUAGAGCGACAGAGUAUUGGGGCCAUAUCGUAGAGAAGAAAUUCAGAGAUUUAGAGAAUACUAUAACUAGAAAAUGGUUGUGAUUGAGAGAAAAGUUUUAAUUUAAUGAGGAAAAAGGUUGAAUUACCAGAUUAAAGUAAAUAACCAGAGAGGAGAACUCGUGCACUCCAGCGUUCCACUUCUUUUGGAUCCAAAACCAUCGAAUUGUUUUGAGAAACUACGAAACCUUUUGAAUAUCAGGCAGAUGUAACCCACAAUAUUCUCAGACCAAACCUAUUCUCCUCCGAAAAGAAACAAUUUCCUCCAAUUUGUUUGGUUCUUUCCUCGUAAUAGACUCUCAACUUCUAACGCAGUCUUUUCAAAGUCCUGAUACUUAUAACGUGGUGCUGAUGUGACAAUAUAUUCAAGAUUUAGUUAUUUAAGGUAAUUGUAGUAUAACUUAACAAGUUGCUCCACGUUCUUUAUUAACACACAGGAUGAUCUUCUCAUACUCCUCAAGCAGGACACAGAGUAAAAUUAGUUUUAUUCUCGUAAAAUAACUAAUAUUAUUCUCAAAGUCUGUGUCUUUCCCCUUUAAGUGGCCCUAAUACUCUGUUGUAGGUCACUGUUGACUAACAUUUGUUCUUGGUUAAGGUUGGGUCUUUUAUCAGAGGAAAUUUUUUACGUUUGUUUCCUGUUGAGUAAAACUAUGCAGAGUGAUUCUUCAUGUUCUGUCUCAUUCUCCUGUUUAACUAAAGCUAAAAAAAAAACAUUGUUAAAGGAGUUUCUACAUCAGGGAUGAAAAGAGUCAACGCUUGAGGUUUAUUCACAUAAUUAUGCAUCUGAUUUAUCGAGUGGCAGGAAGAGAGAUAUUUGAAAGAAUGACAUUGAACUCUGUCUGGAGAAACUGUUAUUUCCUGUUUGACUUUGACCUGGACAGAUGUUUUUCUAUUACUUGCCGUUAUUAGGAGCUAGAAGACACAGCUGGGAUGAGCUGAUGUUGACUACUAUGACAUAUGAAUUUUACCUGUAUGUCUUAUGUGAGAGUCUAUAAUUAAACAUGGCCUGAUAUUCUC